GCUGGCUUUUAAAGCAAAUAUUUUAAUAAAAUCACUUUCAGUCAUUACUCUUCCAUUAAGACUGCAGAAGUUUGGGACUGGGUAAGAGGAGCAGAAGUCUGCCCAGCAGAAGUUGCUCUGAAUCAGAGCUCUACAUCCACCAUGUUGCCCUGUGGACCAGCUUUGUCCUUUGUUCGGUGUCUGGUGCGGAAGAAGAAUGUCAGUGGUGAAAGUCUUGAGGACUCCAAGUUGUGCCGAUGCUUAUCAACGGUGGACCUUAUAGCCCUGGGAGUAGGAAGUACCCUUGGUGCUGGCGUUUAUGUCCUUGCUGGAGAAGUAGCCAAAUCCGAUUCUGGACCUAGCAUCGUUGUUUCUUUCCUCAUUGCUGCGCUGGCAUCUGUGAUGGCAGGUCUCUGCUACGCUGAGUUUGGUGCUCGUGUUCCCAAGACUGGGUCUGCAUAUUUGUAUACUUACGUAACUGUUGGUGAACUGUGGGCUUUUAUCACUGGUUGGAACCUCAUUUUAUCCUAUGUUAUAGGUACAUCAAGUGUAGCGAGAGCCUGGAGUGGUACCUUUGAUGAACUUCUUGGAAAACAGAUUGGUCAUUUCUUCAGAACCUACUUCAAAAUGAAUUACUCUGGGCUAGCAGAGUAUCCUGACUUCUUUGCUGUAUUCCUUAUAUUACUUUUAUCAGGUCUUUUAUCUUUUGGAGUAAAAGAAUCUGCAUGGGUGAACAAAAUUUUCACUGCUAUUAACAUCUUGGUCCUGCUCUUCGUUAUGAUUUCUGGUUUUGUGAAAGGAGAUGCUGGCAACUGGAAAAUAAGUGAAGAGUAUCUCAUAAACCUUACUGCAGCAACAGAGAAUUGCUCAUCCUGUGAGAAUGUGACAAGUAUAUACGGGAGUGGUGGCUUUAUGCCAUAUGGUUUCACAGGAACAUUGGCUGGUGCUGCAACCUGUUUUUAUGCUUUUGUAGGAUUUGACUGCAUUGCAACAACUGGAGAAGAGGUCAAGAAUCCUCAGAAAGCCAUACCCAUAGGAAUUGUGGUGUCCCUGCUUGUCUGCUUCAUGGCCUAUUUUGGGGUUUCAGCUGCACUGACACUUAUGAUGCCAUACUAUCUACUAGAUGAGAAAAGUCCUCUGCCAGUAGCAUUUGAAUAUGUUGGAUGGGGUCCUGCGAAAUAUGUUGUAGCAGUAGGAUCCCUCUGUGCUUUGUCUACAAGUCUUCUUGGAUCCAUUUUCCCAAUGCCACGUGUAAUCUAUGCUAUGGCGAAGGAUGGGUUGCUUUUCAAAUGUCUAGCUCAAAUCAGUUCCAAAACGAAGACCCCACUAGUUGCUACUCUAUCGUCUGGUGCAGUAGCAGCUAUAAUGGCAUUUCUGUUUGACCUAAAGGCUUUAGUAGACAUGAUGUCUAUUGGUACACUUCUUGCUUAUUCACUUGUGGCAACCUGUGUCCUCAUUCUUAGGUACCAACCCAGUUUAACCUAUGAGCAACCAAAAUAUUCUCCAGAAAAAGCAGCUUUGGCUGCAUCUGAAAGGGAAUCUGCAGUAAGUGAAUCGCAGAUAACUAUGAUACAAGAGAAUCACUUCAGUCUUCAGGCCCUGAUUAAUCCAUCCAGUUUACCUACCGAGCAGACUGCAACUACUGUUAACUUUUUAGUGGGUCUCUUAGCUUGCUUGGUUUGUGGCUUGAGUGUCCUCACUACAUACGGGAUUAAUUUCAUUGCUAACUUGGAGCCCUGGAGUAUUGGCCUUCUUGCUGUGUUGGUGGCGUCCUUCAUAGUUACCAUUCUCCUCAUCCAAAGGCAGCCUCAGAACCAGCAGAAAGUGGCCUUUAUGGUUCCACUGUUGCCAUUUUUGCCAUCAUUCAGUAUCCUGGUAAAUAUUUACUUGAUGGUACAAUUAAGUGGAGACACUUGGAUCAGAUUUAGCUUCUGGAUGGCACUUGGCUUCCUCAUUUACUUUGCUUAUGGCAUCAGACACAGUCUUGAAGGUCAUCGUAGUGAUGGGGAUGACGAUUCUUGUUCAGAAAAUAGUGGGUUGCAAGAAAAGAACCCUGUGGAAGAAGUGAAUGAACCUGAAAAUGCAAAUGAAAGUGAUCAAUUUCUUGCACAUGAGAGGACAAGUGAAUGUUAAUCUAUGCAAACAUACAAGUAUUUUAAACCUUUAAUUGACAUUUUACUUGCGGACUGAAAUUUCAAAAGCUUUCUGCCAACAUUGUGCCUUUUGAAAGUGUUUACUACAAGGCCUGGCUGAUAUUUUGGACAAGCUGCUAUCCGUCUUCACCAUUUCAGAACUGACAGCAUGGACAUUAAUAUUUAAAUUAAAAAACAAACAAGAGAAGUACCCUUUGGCAAGCAAAAAUUUGGAUGCGUUGUUUGAACUGUUAUCCAAAAUCACUGGCAAUCAUAAAAUACGAAGAAUUUUAGAACUGCCUGCAAGAAGUUCUGAAUAUUUGACACUGCAUUGUGAACACAAGUGCCUUUUGUACCUUCUCCUUAUCUCAUUACUUGUUUUGGUCACGAUCUAAUAGGUCUCUUCUUUCUACAGAAGUAACUCUCACAGGAGAUAAAUUGCAGACAGGCCUGAGAAGUAUUUGCAGAAUGAAUGGUAAUUGUACAGAUCUGAUACUUUGCAAAAAGUGGAGGAUCAUAUAUUUAUGUAAAAAGAAAUAAUUACUUACCUUUACUAAUCAGUAGUCAUGGAGAUCUCAAGCAGUAAAGAUACUUCAAAGGCUUCUAGUCCCCCUGAAUAGUAUUCAAGAUUUCUACUUAUGUGAAUUCCUUUCCUUUCAGAGAUGCUGUGUGUAUAAAAUAAUACUCCCAAGGGGAGCUAUGUUGUUUUCUGCAAAAGCAUCUGGGAAAUAACCUGUAUUGACAGUGACAUUCGCAUGUGAUUUAGCAAGUAUUGUGCUUUUGAUUUCAGAAGGGCCAGGAUUUUAUCCCUGACUACAUAAUUUGGUACUUACAUACAGCAGUCAUCAAAUUUUCCUCCUUAAUACUCACUUAUCCCCCCUAUACUUUCUUCUCCUUUAUCAUGUGCCAGAGCUGAUACUUCUGAUAUUAGUUGUUACACACUGCUUCUCCUCAGGCAAAUUAAUGCACAAAAUCCCAGCCUUCUUUUCAGAUGGAAGGGGAGGUUAAAAAAACAGAGGCCCAGGCUUUGGAAAAAAUCCUCAUCAAAACAGUGUUUCAGUGCUUUGCUAAGCCUGAAACGUACGUUAGCACAGCAGUUUUUCGCGAGCCAAGCCUACACCCACAAAUCUAUUCAUGUGGGUAGGAUGUCCAAAUGCUAAUUUAUGUGAAGAACCAAAUUGUUGCAGCAGUGCUGGGUGAACAAUUAUUUUAAAGCUGUUGAAAAUGGAAACUGUUCUUCUUUCAACAUAAAAGUCAUGUUACCUGUCAAAGGCACCCAGAUAUUUUAACACUUUCUCUCGGCAAGUAGUAGGCUCAAGUCCCAUGCAGGAUUCCACAAAAUGAAGUUAUUUUGCAAGAAUGUAUUUAUAAAAAUAACUUCUCUAAAGUAAGAACUGUCUUGGACUUUGUCAUGGAGAGUUGCAAUCUGUUGCCAGUACUAAUCAUUAGUAUUAAUCUCUGUUGUUAGGUAUAAAAACCUUAGAUCCUGUGAGAGCUAUGUUGGUUGACAGUGGAAAGCACCUUACUUUUUAUAAUAGCUGGAAUUUCACAAAAAAAAAAAAAAGGAAAAGGAAAAAGAAAAAAAAAGAAAAAAGAAACUAGUUAAGCUUCUUCUGUCUCUCUCUUGUUCUUUUUCACAGCGAUAGAUUCACGCUUUUCAAUCUUAAAACGACUUCUGUUGUUGUAUGAGAGUAGCGUGCCUAAACGUUGAAGGGCAGAAGGAGAAGUGCUUCUUGAUGGAGAACCCUGCAAUGGGCUGGUAUCCCACCGUGGAGCAGGUCCGAGGUUUACAGCCUGAUGCCUUUCUUCUCAGCUUGAACUGGGAGGAGAGGGUCCUGCAGUGCAGGCAGCAGCGAGCGGAUAGAUGUGUGCUGUUGCAGCAGUGGCCUCUACUGGCUACUCAGAAUUAGGAGUAGCAAUCUGAAAAUAUGAGGCAUGCAAUAGGUGAAACACCCAUCUCCUAACUGAGGUUCCAGCAUAUACAUCCUCUAACUGCAACUGCUGUUGCCCUAAGGACUGUUGUUCUAGUGAUUGGUGGUCCUUAAAAAUGGAUGGGACAGAGAGGAUGAGGAGAAACUAUAGGGUAGGUGGCAAUUGGGUACUGUUUUUUAAUAUAUCCUAAUCCAUCCAGAACUGAUCAUAAGUUAUAGCCACUUCUUUCCACAAUUUGUCAUCAUUUUACAAAUGCCAUUAAAGAAAGACUCAAAUCUCAUCUUAGACUAAUGCAAGUAGAUGAUAUGCUAAGUAAAUAUUUGGUUGAUAGGAACGGAUAGGAAUUCUCAGGGCAGUUCUUAGAGCUAUUGAUAAUUUUCAAUACCUCUAUUCAGGAAUGAAAGAGCUGUCUGUGUCAGUUGGAUCUGCUGUUUUAACUGUAAUUCUCAACUGGGGCCCAUUUUUUUUUGCCAAAAAUGACAAAAGAACUACAUGUUCUUGUUUGAAAUAUUAGAAAUUUAAGACUUUCCAGGCUCUUGAAAGGAAGCCAAUGAAGUAAUUUUUAGAUACGUCAAAACAAAGAUUUUAUUUAUAAGUAACCAAAAAAUUGAGUAAUUGAAUGUAUGUUCUGUUGGUUUUAACCCCACAAGUAUUUGAAAUGGAGAAGCUGAUGCUUUUCCUCAUCAGCUACAACUCUGUCACAAGCACGGCUUCUUCAGUGGUUAUACUUUCAGAGGACAUUCUUAACCUGUCUUGCCCAGUACUCUUAAAUCCUCAGCUGCAAAAAAUGCCAUUGCUGUGGGAGCAAGUCAGCAGUGCUCAGGUAAAGCUUUUGUGUGACGUCUUUACAAGCCUACAGUGAAACAAAGCUCUUUUAAAAUUCCUUACACAUCGCAGUGUGUGGGAAGCAGAGACUUACUUUUUCCUAUGGUUGCUGAUGCCGCAGAGCAGGCGAGCCAGGCUCCCAAGAUGCAAACUGCUGCUGUUCUGUGAUGUGCAAGGAAGACCCCAUUCCCUCCCAAGGCCAUCAUAUAGAAUGUAUGUGUGCAUGCCUGUCUAUAUCUGCAUCUGUCUGACAUUGGACCAUAGUGAUUUUGAUGUACUGGUUAAAAUAAUUUCUAUACUGCACUGGAAUUUUCCUUUGAAGGGAUACUGUCAAUAUAAUAAACUUCUGACUAAAGCAAGUGCUAGCUAAGGCUUCUGGAGAUAGUUAAAGAAAAUAAAUUUUCUAGCUUAUUUACCUAAUGGAUGUGUCAGCACUUUGUGUAUUGACAGUUUCCCCUUUCAUGUGUAUCAAUAUUUCUCCCCCCUUGCUAGAGAAAUUAACUAUAUAAAAAACAAAGAAUGUGCCUGUACAAAUAUUGCUAAGGGAGAUGGGAGCAGCAGCAGCACAGGAACUAUCCUCUUAACUAAUGAGAUAUAAAAUGAAAUUAAAGUCAUUGGGUAUUCUCGGCUGCUUCAACUGCGCAAAGCUUAUUUAUAUGUGUGUAUAGUUAAAGUCAUUAUUAGUCAGUGGGUGAGUAAGAACAGGACAAGCCAGAAGUAAGAUAUUUAUGCUAAUUUUGGUAUGCAUUUGUACAUGCAGUCUUGAAAUUCCAGAUGUUUUAGUGGGACUUUGCAGGAGCAACGGACAUGCCAUGAUGGUCCUUACACAGGAGCCAUGUAUGAAACAAAUCCUGAUUUUGUUCUCACAUUUGCUGUAUGUCCGUAUUUGCCGAGAGAGCAGCUGAAAGCACAAGUCCAGUGGAAUUAAAUCAUUGUUAUUUUUUAACAUAGUUGUUGAUAUUGUAAAUUGUGCUGUGCAAAUAAUAAUGGUGUUAAUACCAAAUAUCUAUUAUUGGAGGUAGCUUAUUGGUUUUUCUUCAUUUGUAGAAAAAAUCCUCCAAAAACUUUAUUUGUAUUGGUACAUUCUGGAUAUGCCUUUAGAUAGAGGAAUUAUUCUUAUCUAGUUAUAUUUAAGAAAGCAAGCUAAAGCAUAUUUAAGGGAGAACAAGUAAAUCCUUUUGUUCUGAGGGAUAAGAGUUAUAAAACAUUUCUGUAUAGUUCAUGUUAACUGAAGUGAUCUUGUGGUAUUCCAGUCCUAAUUCUGCAAUAGGAAAUUUUACGAGGUAUUUUAGAUUUCAUUGUCUGUUAUCCUGGAUAAAACUAUUCUGUUAAUAAUAGUAUGCUUUUUCCUGCACAACAAAUGCCAGUUAGAUUCCUGAAAUCUGUCAUAUUAUGUUUAUGUCACCAUGUGUUAAAGCCAUUUAUAUUACCUGCUGUUAGAGAAUUAUCAGUAAUAAAUGUCAGUAGUAGUGAUAGAGGGUUACUAAUGUACUUACUUAUGCAUUUAACUAUGCCAUCCAGAAACUUCAAAUGAUACAAUGAAUUUAGAGGCAAAACUUGGUAAAGCUUAAAUGUAUAUUCUGUGUUUUAUUAGAUAAUAAACGUACAAGUCCAGCCACCUUUCUUUUAAAAUUUAUGCAAAGAUAUAUAUAUUUUUAAGAAAUAAAAGGCAUACUGUUUUCAUGGAGAUUUUAGUAAGUGCCAAUAUCAGAUGUGCCAUAAGCAUCCUGAGAUACUGAAAGCUGAACAACCUGGGUGAAAUCCGUGACAGUGCAGGAAAUCUGUGUGGGACUGUGCAAUUGUUUUAAUCAGGUGUGAUGCCUUUGCCAUUGAGGUGCAUUUUGCACAGUAGGAAUUUAAUUCACAUGAUGGUUGGCGUGUGUUACUUGAUUACGUACAAAAGAAAUAAAAGCACCUUUUAAUGCUCUUGGGCCCUAAUUCUUCCUAGACUUGCCAGGAAGUUUGCACAAAUUGCAGUAUGCUCAUUGAAAGCACUGAGAUUACUCAGUCUUAGGCAAGUAUUUAUUUUACAGAAAGAGCAGGUGGUAUUUCAUAUAGUGUAGGAUCUUUGUAUUUGUUUUUAAUUUCCUGUACCUUUAGUAUUUCUUUCUGGUAUAUGUUUUGAGGACCUCUGCAUUUUUAAUAGUUGGACCCUUCCAAAGCUAAAUAUAAUGCCUUUACCAUCUCCUGAUCUGUUUUCCAUUUGAUUUCAGACAACAAACUCCUUAACGUCAGCUAAGUUGAAGGAUUUCUGUGCAUAGACAUGCAUUACAAAGAACUAUGUAUAUAUAUCAUUAUUUUUAUUGUCAGUUGGACAAAUUCUGUUGUCUUUGUAUGUUUUCAUUGAGCCUUGUGCCAGGUAAACUCCAGCUUCACCAGUACAAGUUUAGUUGGAGUCAGGACAAAGGAUAAAAGGAUUUGAAUGUUUAGGAGGGCUUUUUUCUUUUGUGUUUCCAGAAAGUAAAGCACGAAAUAUGUGUUACAUAUCUUUAAAAAUAGUUAUGUGUGCAUCAUUUUAAAAAACAUUAGUGUUCAUAUCCAUUUUAACUUUUCUUUUUGUUCAUAUGUACAUCGUAGUGAUUAUUUCUGUAUUAUAUGCUGCUAGGCAUUUAAAAUGUAGAUAGAAUGAUUAUGAUGCAGCUUAAACAACAAAUUUGUAUUUCUUUGAAGUGCUCUACCAAAAUGAAAAGUCUUGAAUUUUUAUGAAUGUAAAAAUGCUUAUAUUUAAGAAUAUGGUGCUUGUUUUUUCACUUUUACAAUAGAAUUGCAAUCAGUGAUAUUUUUAGUUACCUUAGUUUCAAAUUCUGAUGGAAAUUACAUUGCUCUUCAUUUACUGUAAAAUGUGCUUCACAGGAUAACAAUUGUGCAUUUGUUCUGUAUUUUUUAAAUAAAGCUGAAUAUCACUUGUAUGUA